UGCGGAGCAACAAAGUGUGUUUUUCAGAGUAAAAUUUUAUUUCAAUUGAUGAGAAUCAAUCGGUCAUUGAAAUCAUCAGUUGAAACACAUCAAGAAUUUCCUGGAUUUGCUGCGAUGCUAGCCUAUAAACGAGGCGAUACGGCGAGCAGUUGAAGUGAUCAAAAAUGUCGCAACAACAUCCGUCGAGACCAUCCGGAGGAGGUCAUGUGCCUCCGGGUAGCUGGUCAGGACGGUCUAAUGCGCCGAGAGCACCGAGUCCCUUCAGGCCCGCUUCGCCAUAUACACCUUCAUCAUCGCCAUAUCCGCAAGGACGAAUACGCGGGCCUCCGACUCCAGUCCAUCCAGCUCAUCCUAUGUCGCCACUUGUUUAUCCUGGAAUAAUGAUGCACCCGAUGAGUCCGGUGCCGAUCGGAAUGCCAAUCUCACCCGGGAUGUCACCCGUCUUCGGCUGCCCGACUUCUGGUUACAUCCAGUGCCCAAGGCCACGAUGGCCUUCGCCGAUUCCUACGGGUAGUCAAGUGCCAAGGCCAUUCAUACCGACGCAGGUAUAUGUUGUUGUAACACGAAGAAUGACAGAUCGAUAGUAAUGUGUCGUAGACGUAUGUUCACAUUGCGUGUUGCAGUACUCGUAAGGUUAUUUAGACUCGAGUGUCAUCCAAAUUGUAACACAAAUAAUC